GAGCGGGUCCCCACGCCGGGUUCCCCGGGCGGCGGUUCGGACAGCUCGCCCCACCCCCGCAUCCCGCGGGGCGCCCCCUCGGCGGGCGGCUCCCUCCGCGCCUCCCCGCCGCCCGGAGCAUCCCGGGCCGUGGUGUUCGGCGGCGGGCGGCGGCGGCUGCAGACAGGACCACGCCGCUGAGCUGGAACGCUUCGCCGCCGCCUCCGGCGCGCCCACGUCGCCCACCACGGGCAGCGGGCAGCGCAGCGGCGGGAGCCUGACGCACGACGAGUGGGUGAGCCAGGCCUUCUCACUGGCGGAGGGCCAGCUCCGCGCGUGCCGCGGCGGCCUGGGCGGCAGG